CAUUAAUUUCCCUCCCGUGAUCGCAGUGAAAAGGCAUUAGAAAAAGAGAACCAACGUUUUCCUUUUGCUUAAUGCUUCUCUGCAAUUUCAUGUCCGGCCUGUAAACGGCGGCCGUUUUUCCUUCUGCUUCUGCAGCGUACGGUGUUCCGGUUAAAGAAAAGUGACCGCGAACGGCUAUCAGCAGCUGCCGAUGGCGGAGGUUGUAGAAAGUGAGGAGGUGACUCUCAAGAAAUUGAAGACGAUGAUGGCGGACUUUGCGAAAGAGAGGGACUGGGAUCAGUUUCAUAGCCCUAGAAAUCUCCUUCUCGCUAUGGUGGGUGAAGUGGGAGAGUUAUCUGAGAUAUUCCAGUGGAAAGGGGAAGUUCCAAGAGGCCUUCCAGAUUGGAAAGAUGAAGAGAAGCAACAUCUUGGGGAAGAACUCUCAGAUGUUUUGCUGUAUCUUGUUAGGCUAGCUGAUAUUUGUGGGAUUGAUCUUGGUAAAGCAGUAUUAAGGAAGCUAGAGCUGAAUGGCAAAAAAUAUCCAGUCAAGCUUUGCAAAGGGUCAUCAAGAAAACACACACAAAUCAGCUGUGAAGACGAUUGCAAUGAAAACGGUGGAAAAGAAGAAGACCCCACCAAAUAGUGGCAGAGGAAGUGGCAGGGGCAUACACAAGAGAAAGAAAGCACUGAUGGUGUCUCUUCCGAACAUUGGUAUGAUUUUAUUAUAUGUCUUUAUGACUUGACUUGGAUAGCUUCUAAAUGUUGUUGUCAUUUGUCAUGGCUCUUCUUUUGUGAGUAUAUUUAAUGAUACUUUGUGACACAUUUUGUCUUUUUCUAAGUACUUUUCAGCCACAGUACUCUUUAGCUGUCCCCAAAUACGCCUCCACUGAUUCUUCGCUCGGUUGAUUUGGGUGGUUUUUUUGCUGAGUUCAUCCCAUUUUUAAAAUGUUUCUUUCUUUUCUUUUCUUUUCUUUUCUUUAUUUCUUUUUCGGUUGUCCCCAAUUUUUGUUUGGUUGGUUUAGAAUUAUGCUUUCAUUUUGGCUUUUGGCGUCUUUUUGUUUUAUUUUACUUUCUAAUAUUUGUUAGGGUUUAGGAUUGCUAUGCAUAAACCUUAAAUUAAUCCUAAGUUUACUGCAUGACUCUACAAUAUCUAGACAGGCCGUCAUUGGGUUUGAAUACAUUUUCUUUUUUUUAACAAAGUCCUUGGUUUUUUCACCAGUCCCAA